AUGCUGGCUACCCGAUCUCGCCGUCGACGUGGAGCGAACCCCCAUCCACCACCACAGGGUGCCUCCGAGCACCAAUUGCCAAGCAAGUCACGCUCGGGCUCGCGGUUUGAGGCUCUUGAGGCAUUAAAUGAUGAGCUACGCGAGCAUGCAGAGGUUUUGGAGGAGGCUAAAAAACAAGGGACAGUCGAGGCGGAAGUGACAGUAGUGGAGACGGAGGCAGAUGCUGGGAUAGUGGCGAGGGAUGCGUCCCAGGAUAAGAUAGUGUCUCAACGCCAGAAAGAGGUGAGGACGGAUAUAGUGAAGGGAGUGGCUAGUACAAAGGGAGGACAAAAAAAUGGAGCAAAGGGGCAACUCACAAAGGGAGUGGAGCGGAAGCCGAGCUCGGCGGGGGGCAGCACCGGCAGCAAGCCCAAAGGCGACAAGGUGAAGGCACCUGAGAAGGAUGUAGCCAAGGAGAACCGCAACACCAAAACGCCAAGCAAAGCCAAGAAUGAGGGGAAGAAUGGACGAGGUGGAUCCCCGGUUACUCUACUGCAUCGCAAGCCUACAGACUCUAGGAAGGUGCAGACUGUGGCUAGGGAAUUGGAUCUCAAUGUAGCGGACGUGGACCCUACGGCUGUUGAGCGCGAGAAAUCAUGCGGUGGUGCCUCUUCCCUUCGAGGAUUGACAGGCACAACAGGCAUGGAGGUGGAACAAUGCUGA